ACUUUGAACCUAAGAAUAGCCCGCGCUUCCAUUGACAGAUUUCCGGUGUGUUCCGGAAGUGAUGUGUAAUGGGUUGAUCCUAGUGCUGUCGGUGAGUGGGUGAAGGACGGACUCGCUGUUAUCCCCAUUCGGAAAGGUCGGCGGUAGCGGAGCGGGGCAGCUAUCUGUAUUUUAUUAAGCAUUUGGACAAUGGAUCGUGCUAGAAUAGCUAUUUCUAGUUUGCUUGGAUUUGAGCCAAAGUCAUAUACACGUUUCAGUCUAACGCGACGAACUGAUGGGGAUGGCAGUAGAGUCGAAAUGAAAUUAGCAGAAAAUGAGAAUGAUGAAGAGAUGGGAGAUGUGAUGGCAGACGGUAUGGAGACUCAGAUAGAGAAACCUCACAAUAACCAUAAGCCUCUCUGCUGUUUGAUGACUGCUGUGUUGCUUGUUCUAAUAGGGUUUCUAGUUGGUUAUCUGGCAUUUCGUGGUCAAACACCAGGGAAGUCGGUUUCUUUGCCAGACCAACCUACUGAAGCAAGUUACACAGAUGACGAUGACAGUGAUGAAUUUGUUGCUACAAAUGAGGAAAAAAUGUCACUCUCAUUCUCUGAUAUUAAGAAAAUGCUGACAGAUAACUUGGAUUCUUCACAGUUUCUGCAUGACAUUAACAAAGUUUCUGACACAAGCAAUCAUGAAACUGGAUCUGAUGGAGAUCUGACUAUCACUCAGUACAUCCGUCAAGAGUUUUUGAAGAACUUGGACAAGCACAGCGUCUGGACUGACACUCAUUAUGUAACGUUGCAGUUUAACGGUGCAUCUCCAAAUAGAGUCUGGAUUGUUGGUGGUGGAAAUCCUGAAGAAAUGCAAUUAGGACAGCAAAACCCAAAGGUCUUCUGCCCAUACAGUGCAACUGGUAACUUCACGGGAAAGCUUGUUUAUGCCAACUAUGGAACUAAAGAUGAUUUUAAACUUUUGGACAGCAUGAGCGUGCCGGUCAAUGGAAGUGUUGUUGUUGUUCGUGCAGGAAAGAUUAAUUUUGCUGAGAAGGUUACUAAUGCUGAGAACAUGAAAGCUGGAGGUGUUCUAAUCUAUCCUGAUCCUGAAGAUUAUAACCUGGAUCCAGAUGUAGCUAUAUUUGGACAUGUAUGUACACUGAAAGUCGCAGUGAUAUUGUUACUGGAUUAGUAAUCUUGAACUAAUGCUGGCAGAGUGUUCAACUAAGUAUAAUAUCUGGAAUAUAAGCCUCACAUCAGUAAUUGUGACC